AUCGCGUAGUUUUAUGGUGGGAUUUAAUGUCUGUUGUACUUUUGGAUAUCUCACUACCUAACACUCCAACUCGAUAUUGAAUAUCAGUAAAAGUAGGCGACGCUUUGUAAAGUCAAUAAUACCUACUGCUAACAAGCCAGCUAGUUAUGUUUGGUAGGUAGCUAGCUAGGUUGCCAGGCAGAAGAUACCGACCCUACGGUUAAGCUUGUUUACACUGAGCUCGGAAAGCCAUCGUGGUAACAUUAUGACACAAUUGAGCCAGCGCAAGAUAUGAUUUCGGAAAACGUACCUCAAUGCAAGGAUAUGAUAUGCCACUGUACUCCAAAUGGUACCUUUAUCCGCACUGCUCCACGGAGAAGAUUGAAAUACUAUUAGUGUUCCUAUGUUGUUCAACACAACAUGUCAUUCCAUAAUGGCUACCGGUAGCUAGCAUGAUGACGAAAAGAGCAGUAUUUAGAUCUUCUCGAUGGAGCAGUGUGAAAUCGUCACAUUGAGUAAGUACAUAGUAUAUGCCAUCCCUGUAUUGCGGUACGUUUUCCAACUCAUAUCUCUCGCCAGCUCCAAAGGUGUCUUAAUGAUGAUUUCGUUCCGACCUCAGUGCACCUCAAUCAGCGUAAACAAGCGAAAUGGUAGGGUCGGUAUCUUCCGGAAAGCUAGCUAAGAAGCUAUCAACCAGUUGUUGACGUACUGCUAGCAAGCCAGUCAGCCAAUGUCGGUCAGCUAUCAAGUUGCUAGAAUUGUUUUUUUUUACAAGAGGACAUGUAAAACACGAGUUUGUCACUUAGUUAGCUAGUUCGUUGGCAAGUAAGCCUAGCAAUGUUGUUAGCCUAACUAGACAACUAGAAUAAUGCUUAUAACAGCUAAUAGCUAGUUAGCUAGGUCGUCAUGUACUAGCUAGCUAACUCAAUUGAAAUGGAUCUGUGAAAUGUCUGCCAUUUCAUUCCAGGUCUUGCGUCACUGACUCCAUAUACAUCAGAGUAGUAGCCUUGCACUCAUUUUCAGCUGCUCGGGGUUCCCUGUGUCCCCUCCUUAAGCGUUGGAAUGGGCAGUCAUUUCCGCAGCUACAUCUGGGACCCGGUCCUCAUCUUGUCCCAGAUUGUGUUGAUGCAAUGCAUCUACUACAGCUUUCUGGGUCUGUGGUUGGCUGGAGUGGACAGUCUCGUACAAACCAACAGAUCGCUGGACCAGAUCUUCAGUUAUGAGGUUCUUGGUUUUGCAACAAUGCAGGGUAGACUCUCAAUGAUGGCAUUCAUCUUGAACUCGCUUACCUGUGCCCUGGGCCUGUGGUUCUUCAUCCGCCGAGGGAAGCAGUGUCUGGACUUCACCGUCACUGUGCACUUCUUCCACAUGAUAGGCUGUUGGAUCUACAACGCCCACCUCCCGGCGGCCCUGUCCUGGUGGCUGGUCAACGUGGCCUGCAUGGCUCUGAUGGCCGUGAUUGGAGAGUACCUGUGCAUGCGGACUGAGCUCAGGGCCAUCCCAGUCAACAGUGGACCUAAGUCUAACCUCUGACCUGACCCCACUCUGUGACACUGACUUACCCCCUGUGAACUGUUCACCUACAGUUAUCUGUCCAGUAUGAUGUGGGGUAUGACAUUUGUGCCCAAAAACUUGGUGGGACUGGGAAGUGAGCUGCAGUAACACAGUAAUUGUUUCUAGAGACAUAGAUGCUCAGAGUUGGAAGAUUGCACACCUCUCAAUGGAUUCAAGGACUUGGAGAUAAACUGAAUUGGUUCUGGUUGCUGUAUUUAUUUGUACACAUGUACUACACAUCUAAGAGUGAAUGCUAACUUCUUCCUUGAACCACUGACUAAGAUACCACUCUCUUUGAGACCGUUUGAAGCAGAGUUUAGUUACAAAGUGUUACAAAGAUCUGAAUGGUUUCAUAAUUGUAUUAAAUUAUGAUAUUAUCACACGAUGAAUCUAGAGAAAUGGUUGUCAUGCACAUGCUUUUCGGUUAUGUCCUAUCAAGUUGAGAGAGAAAAAAGUGCAGCUUUAGUUGAGCCAGUUGAAUGAUAAACAUUGAACAUGGUACAAUAACAAACUAGUCAUACAUGUAAAGAACAGAUCACCAAAUAUGGAGUUCUAUUUUAUUCCUCAUUAAAGUAUGUGAGCUUGAGGGGUGAACGGAAUCAGCAAAGCUCAACCAUACAAUCAACGUUAGGAAGUUAACAUGACAAGAAAGCACAUGGAAGUAGGCCUACUGAGCCAUGUUACGGGAGCAGCAAUUAAAUAUUGAAAUACAACACUUAAUACAGGCUUUUUGUAAAUAAUGUACUCUGUAGUUGGUAUCUCUGAAAGACCACAUACAUAUUGAAUUCUUACAUUCUGUAGUGUUUCGGGAGCAGCGAGUAUCUGAUAAUCAUUCCUCGCUCAGCAUGAUGCUAUUGGUUUUAAAGUGUUGCGUGUAUAUGAUGGGAUGCUGUGGAGAGCAGAUGGUCCCUCUGGGGAUGGUCUGUCAGCCACCAGCUGUGUUAUGACAGGAUGCUGUCACUGUGUGUGUGCCUGACUGUGCUCGUUGGUGCCGUGGCUAGUCUAUGGUAAAUUUAAACGUAAAUGGUUGUCCGCUUGUUUUCAACACACUUUCUCUUUCCUUCUCAUUGUCUGAAAACUAUUUUCACAAAAAAACAACCUAGGCUAUGUCUAUCUAGGGACCUUUCACAUUUGUGGAUCUUAAUUCGGAACUUCUGUGAGAUCAGAGGUUUAAUUUUAAUUGCGGUGGAAAUCAGGACUAUGCAGUGUAAUGUUUCUACACCAACUUUCUCCUCUAGCGUCGGUGCUAAGGGGUUUUAUAUCACCAAGUUGUUGAACUCUUAGUAAGUUUGAUCGUUAGAAGUCUUGAAGGGAAACUCUGCCACUUUUCAACCUCAUAUUCAUUUUCUCCAGUACCAUUGUCUACAUAUGUGAAAGCGAUCUGUGGUUAAAACGAUUAGAAAAAAGGUCCUACAAAAUGCUUCUCUCUGACAUCACAUGGUAGGAUUAAAAGUAAGCAAGAGGGAGGGUGUUUUCUUGCACCCCACUUCACCUCGAAUGUCAAAGUUUAAAAAUCAUUGUUAAAAAACAACGUUUUAACCUUUGAUGAUGUCAUCAAAAAUACACAGUAUUCACAGAUGUAGAUACUGGAUUGGUGCUGGAGAUAAUUAAUAUGAGGUUGAAAAGUGGCGGAGUUGCCCUUUAAGACCAAAUCCUUUAUUUUUGUUUUAUUGUCACGACAAAGAGUGCUUCUCUUCACAUCACAGAUUUUCCUGGGAUGGUUUUUCUCAGAUUUGAAACCACAACUUGUUUAAAAAUAUAUAUUUUAAGCCAUUUAUGUAAUAAAGCUAAUGAAACUGUAA